GAAACAGCUGAAGAAGUCCACGCUGCUGAAUCUGUGCGUGCCGCUAGCUUCGAUCGCGAUUUUGCAGAAGCAGGCGACAAAAGAGAGCUUUGACAUUGGGUACGCGGACGUCAGCUUGAAACUACUUUCGAAUUGCUUCAAAAACUCCGGGAGGUCCUGUUGGAACAAAAUUUUGGAGCAGAUUAAGUUCUUCGCAAAAUCGCUGAAGGACUUCAACGACAAAGUGCACGAGCGGUACUUGAUCCGGGGUGUUGUCGCGUGUCUGAAUUCGUACCAGUUUCAAGAAGAGGGAAGCAAGAAAAAUAGCGGAGCUAGUUCAUCUUCAACAUCCAGUUUGUUUGAAUCGGCGAAGGCACUGACCGCGGAGGAGGUGGUGGCGAAAUGUGCUGGUGACAGAGGUAGCAGUGCCGAUGGAGGUGCAGCGACGGGACUAGACAAGCCGGCAACAGGUGUUGAAGCUGCUCCUGCUGCAAAAGAAGGUGAUGUGGCUGCCACAGCUGACGCUUCUACUGCUCCUGCUGCCGAAGAACUAGAGGAACAAGCAGAUACAGAUCAUCCCCUCGAUCAUGUUGAACAAGUAGAGCUGCAAGAACAGCCGGCCCCGCCGACGGAGGAGCAACGGAAAGUUGCAGCCUCGCUCAAGAAGCAGGUGCUGCCCAUUCUGAAAAAGCUGCUGUUCGACAAAUCCAAAGCCGACGACGCAGGGUCGAACAAGAACAACUCGGGCACCAGCGCGGCAGGAGGAAAGAACGCAUCCUCGGCCGGCAGUAAGCACCCGCCGCUCGGCCAGGUUCGACUCCCGGUUGUGGGGUGUUUGAUGCACGUACUUCCCUAUCUGGCAGAGCGGGACUUUUACGAGGAGCUGCCGCGACUCAUCCGGCAGCUGUGCGACAACUUGCGAUCCCGGCAGUUGGAUCUCCGGAUCGCCGCCCGGUCCGCGCUGCAGCAGUGCUGUUUGGCCCUGGGACCGAGCUGGUUCCUCUACAUCGUGCAACAACUGCAAACCUGCUUGAAUAAAGGCGGGUAUCAACAGGCGGUGUUGGUUUUUUCCGUGCACAACGCGCUGCACGCCGUGGUGGAAGCGUUUUAUCUUCACGGCAACAAGAAUGACGACGAACACGAAGCGAGGGCUGAGCAUCACCCUCUGGACGCGUGCCUCCCGGAGUUGCGAUCCUUGAUCACUGAGGAACUCAACCGCAUGGCGGAACCUGACAACGGCGACGAGGGCCAGCACGACGUGGAGAGUGCGCACCGGAAAAAUCUGUGCCUGGAAGCGAAGAAGGUCAAGGGCCCGGAGAUUCUGAAGCUGAUUUGCUCGGUUGCGACGGUCGAGAACUGCCUGGAAGAAGUCGUCGAAGAGUUGUACAAGUUACUCUCCGCAGAAACCUUCGCGGACCGGAACCUCGGUGUGCAGGAGAUGUCAAUCGGCCGCGCGUAUUCGGUGAAGUACUUAAACCGGGUCAAGGAACUGCUGUACGCUAGUGUGCAGGGCCUGAUGAAAAACAAACAAUUUACGGUGCAGCACCAGUUGGAAGUGUGUGGCACGAGCCUGUCCCGCUGCAGCGAGCUGAUGCAGAAUAGUAAUUCCACUAACCGUGCUCUUUCGUCUACAACCGGCGGAAGAACAGGCGCUAGCUCCACUGCGAUGCUGACCAACGGCGAUGAUCUCUCUUUAGCCCCGGCCGACCAGGAACAAGCAACGGUGUCGACCUUGUUCAAUUUCAAAAAGGAGAACUGCUACUCUGUGCAGCCGGGCGCGGCCCGAGGCAACCAGGAGUGGAAGAUCGCCAAGAGUCGCAAGGGCUUCGACGCCACGGCGCGGGCCGAAAUUUUUGGCGCCACGGGGCUGCGGUUGCUGACGCACUUGCUGAAAACGACGGCCGGCGGGGAAAUGCUCAGUUUGGCAGCUGGCGGUGCAAUCGCUACUACAUCGCAAAUAACGGACGUUGAUGGUGAUGAAGAAGAACUACAACUACACCAGUCUACUGAACGAGAUCAUCAGCGACACCAAAAAACAAGAACCGUUUGCCGCCAGCUUUUGAAGGACAACAUCCUUCCGCAUCUGAUCCACACCUGCUUUACCGGCAAGCAGGACAGUCUGUUUCACGCGUCCGCGAAGUGUCUGCACAAACUGCAGCCGUAUUUGGACGACGACUUUGACGACAAGUACGCGAAAAUCAUCGCGAACCAAAUCCUGAAGACCUUCCAGCACGCCGGCGUGCAGCAGGAACUGUCGAUCCGGUUGCGCAAGAAGCGCGCCCACUUCAUCGACGUGAUUCCCUGCGUCACGCAAUUGCUAUCUGCGUUGCUCGCGAAGAACCGGUAUGCAUAGCAAAAAUGUCUGGGUCUGGAAGAUUGCAACUUGCAAUGCUGUCUUUCGAUUCUAAAAAAAUCUGUAUUGCAUGACCGGCAACGGGACUCCAGUUUGUGUUACGCGAAGAGGGCAUUUCUGAUGCAGAAUAGGCAUUAGGAAGCCCUCUAAAAAUCUGUGUUGCUAGAUCAUGCAUUAGAGGCAUCAAUCAUCAUACAAAAUAUGCAUGACAACCUUGCAUCCUUCCAGACCCCGACACUUUUACAUUUGAUAACCGUUCCGCCAAGUGGUUUCUCGAGGCGCUUCUAGACGACAGCUACCUGGACGAAGAGCAGCUGCAGGCCGCCAAAAGGCGGAGGUUGGCGACCUUUAGCGCGAUUGAGGACUUGAGCGAGAGAACAAACAGUUCGACGUGUUAUGCUGGUUCUUCUACUGAUUUGCUCUCCUCAAAUAGCAGCGCAACGUCGAGCAAGCGAAAGCAGAAGCAAAACCAGUUUGGGGCCGCCCCCGCGCAGGGCAAAAACUCCAGCUCGUCGAAGAACAAACACAACGACACUACAGCCCACAGCUACUUUUUCGAGGCGCUCAUCGCCCAGAUUUCCGCGAGUCUGGACCAGGCGAAGCUCCGGUCUUCCGCGCUGCAACUUUUGAAACGCGUGCUCAAACGAACCACCGCCGGCUUGAAACAGCUCCCCAUCGUGUACCAGCUUUUGGACAGCAUCGGGGAGAUUGUGUGCAACGGGGUCGUGUCCGACGGCUCCAACCAGGACCUGACGGCGCAGCUCGCGGGGCAAUUGUACGUCGACUUCUUACUGGAUUUCGAGCACGAGAAGGUCGGGCUGAACAAACGCAUUCAAAAACUCGUCGCGGCCGUCAGUGCCGGGACGUCGACGUCGAGUGGUCUUAACAGCUCCGACUUCUUAAACAGCAAGCUUGCCGGUACGAAGUCGUCGUUGAAUUGUUUGAACAGCUUAACGCAGCAACUCCCUGAGCAUUUGUUGCACGAAUUCUCGACCCUCUUCUUCCUCACCGCCACGGCAAGAUUGAACACGGAAAAAGACGUAAAACUGCGGGAGAUGCUGAAGUUUUUCGUGCAAAAUCUGGUGAAAAGAAUCGGCGCGGACAACCGGAAGCAAUUGCUAGAUUUGAUGUUGGAGUAUGUCAACACGAUUCCGAAGAUCAUCCCCGCGUUUGCCGAAGUGAUCGGCGCGUUCAGAGUAGUCGCGGCUGGUAGUGCUGUUAAUAUUGACAGCACUGGACGAAGGAACAAGAAGAACAAGCUGUCGGAAGAGCAGCGGGUAUCUCUGUUAUCGUUGCGAAAUCUCGCGACCUUUCUGUCCCACAACGCGACUUCGGCAACGAAUUUCCGCACAAAGUCCAAAAUCAUGUACAGUGUCGCGCUUGGGUUCCAGGAGCUGGUGGCGAAUUCGUAUAGUGCUAAUAUGUCGGGGGCAUCGGCCUCUAAUAGCGAGGAAAAAACCCUAAUAAAUCCCGUCACGUUCCUCUCCCUGGUGGCCGCGCAGGACGAAACCAAUUCGCUCUACUACAGGGAGCUCUCCGCGACGUUGCUCUCCCCAGAGGCAAUUUCCAUUUCGGACGAGGUGUUGUGUGAUGAUGAUGCCGACGAGAAAAUGGGAACCGUCACCGCUGUAGAGCAACAACAGCACGCUGCUCGGAAGCAACUUCUCCUCGAGGUCGAUCCGGAAGUGAAGCCGUGGAUUUCGGCCUGUGCGCUGCGGUUGAUCGGAAGCAGUGAAGUGUUCUUGCAGGAGCAUUUGGACUUGCACGAGCAGAAUCACGAUAUUGAUUCCUCCACGCUUCUGAGUUGGAAAGACGCGAUUUCGAAACUGAUGCUGGACCAAAAUUUGGAGCAAAACUUCAAUUCUACUUUGGUGGCGGUCAAAGCGCUGAUUCGCGUGGUAUUCUGCAUGCAGAAGAAUGGGACGGCGUGGGAGACACAGUAUCAGCGGUUGCUUGGAAACAGCAAAAAUGCGAAACCGGAAGGGGAAGAUAUUGAUGGUGAAGAAGCAGUGGAUGGUGCAACGGCUGCCAACGAUGACGAUGCAGCCGCCCUUGAGGAUGAUAUGCUGGAUGAUGAUAUGGAAGUGGAACACGAGCAAGGGCUUGUUCCUGCGGAGGACGCAGUGGUAGAAGAUCAAGCCACCAACGAAAAUAGAGACACUGCACGGGAUCUGGAUGCCGAAGGGGCGGACGCAGAAAUUGCAGCAGACAACAAGUCUAGCUCCGAUUUCGACGAAAACGAAUCUGACGUCGAUCAGGACGAAGAUUUGGAAGCCCAGCUCUUAGAAGACGACGACGUCGACGUCGCGAACUGCCUGCUGCUACGACAGAACAAUAAUGGAGAAGAUGCACCAGCGAAGUUGGAGCAAUUGUACCAUCGGGACGAGGAGGAUCUUGCUUGCAGCACGCAAAGAAAUAAAGAACGACAUCUCGCUACGCAUACUACUGGUACAACUUCCCCGACCUUCCUCCUCCUCAUCCAGAAGACCUGCAGCCACUUCUCCUACAAGGCAAGGUGCUUUCUCAAAGAGACCCGAAAGCACGCCUUCCGUCUCACGGCAAUCCUCCGGUUCUUCGGACACCUGAGCGCCAUGGCGGAUCUAGAAACCGUGUUGGCCGAUAAGAAGGUUUUGCACGCGAUUUUGAGCCUCUUGAUGCGGGUGAGCAAGUUCUGCGAACAGGAUCUGCUGCAAAUCAGCAGUCAAAUCGGGACGAGUGGAGGUACUGAAAGUGACUUAGUUUAUUUUUCAUGCGUUCGCUUUUUUAUUUUUUUUUCUAUCAUCUUCGUACGUAGCUUUAUUCUCCUUGCUCCUCUUCGGGAGGUUCGGGCAAGGCCAAGAAUCGAGCACCUACUUAGCGCUAGACUUCGCGUUUUUUUCGCCUGCUUUUCGUAUUCGUUUCACCCGUUGUAGUGCAGCUAGAACUGCCUGAAACAGAUGCUACUUGCAUCUAGAUGAAAAUCAUAGGCGCAAAAUAAAUCAAAAUUACGUAACCACUUCCAACAAUCCUCGAUGAAAAUCCACACACAGGCGUCCGUCGCCCGGGCAAAGUGACCGCUCCCGACCAGGACCAGCAACUGAAAGCUGCGGUGACGAUGGAGGAACUGGCGCGUCAGUCGGAGAAUGGUGUGAAAUUCACGCUGGGUACCUGGGCGAGUGAGGCGAUGGAGAUGAUUACCAAGAGGUUCGCCGACGCGGGGGAGUUGGAUCCCAACCUGAAACACCUGUUCGAGCAGGAGAAGCAAAAGGUGCAAAAACUCGUGCAGGACCGCAAGUUCAAGCGAAAACUCGCGCAAACCGCCUCGAAGGUGGCGAAACCGGAGAUCGCCGCGGCAAGACGGGUGAAGAAGAACAAGACCAAACGGGUAAACAGGAAAGAGAAAAAGAACCAAGCACUGAAAUUGCUGAAGAAAAGAUAAAGCUUCAUCUUGGCUCCAUCUGUGUGCUGGCGGUGCGAGAAGUAGAUGAACCAGGGCGCUUGCGCUCCUAUCUUGAACGCGAACUUUACGAUUAUCAUUCUGAUUUUACAUGCAAAGUUACAGGAGAGGAACAUGCGUUAUGUGAUGUGGUUAACAUACUGCGUCAAAUGACAACACGUGUCUUUGUCGCUCCUGUGCUUCGACAGCAGCACCG